UUCUUUCCGGUUCGAGUUCUGCAGGUGUUCGUCAACUUUGCCGGAUUUAAAGACUUAAAUAGCUCCUUCUAGUUUUUAAAAUAACCACCGUGUGCCUGAAUUGACCUGUUAAAGUGAUGUGCUAUAAGACAACGCUUGUUAUUCGUAUUCAUACAGGUGAAAAUCCUCGAAAGGGCUCUAAGUGAAGUAACUCCUCCGGCUAGCUUUAGCAGUUAGCGGCUAGUAGCGAGCUUGGCUAAAGCCUCCAUGGCGCCGCUCCGGGUCCUGUGUGUUCACGGUUACCGGCAGAACGGAGCCUCGUUCCGGGACAAGACCGGAGCUCUGCGGAAGCUGUUGAAGAAACAAGUGGAGCUGGUUUACGUGACUGCACCGCUCAAAGUGGAGCACGACAGAAACGGAGAAGUUCCAAUGAAGGAGAAUGAUUCAGUUCCUGGAUCUGGAGGCGACGAGGACUCCAGAGGCUGGUGGUUUUCCGACACUCAGGCUCGGAGCUUCAGCGCUCAGCAGCAGUGUGAGGAAAGCCUGGGGCUCGAUGAGAGCGUGGCGACUGUAAGGGAAGCUGUGAAGGCCCAGGGUCCAUUUGACGGCAUCCUGGGCUUCAGUCAGGGAGCUGCUUUUGUGGCCAUGCUGUGCUCUCUUCAGGAGCAAAAAGCGGAGCCAGAGUUCAACUUCCGCUUUGCCAUCCUGGUCGCCGGUUUCCGCAGUGCGUGUCGGGAACAUCAAAACUUCUACAGCGCUCCCCUCCAGAUGCCCUCGCUGCAUGUGUUCGGCCUGGAGGACAGAGUCAUCCCCGACAACAUGAGCAGGGAGCUCCUCCCCUCCUUCCAAGACCCUCAGGUCCUCAUACAUCCUGGUGGCCAUUUUGUUCCCGCUGCAUCUGCCCACAGGCAAACAUACCAGGACUUCCUCAAGAGGUUCCAGUGAGAAACGGAAGCCACAGAAACCCAAUCAGAGGCUGAAUAAGUGAAGAGCUACAACAGAAGAAGACUCAAGCACUUGAAUAAGACCAGAGAAUGUUGAUUAUUUAAUUUUCAGGAACAACUUGUGAAGACAUAAUUGUUUCCAGAGGCAUGUUGGGAAAAAUGCCGAGUUUGGAGUCGUGACCUUUGCGUUCUGGAUGCAUUUUCUUUUUCCUCCUCUGAUGCAAUCCAUUUGAACAAUAUGAGAACUGAUGUCGUUCUCAGGGAAAAUAUCUUACAACAAACAAUAAAUGAGAUGACGACUGUUUAUUUAAA